AUGAUAAGGAUCUCUUUAAAAGAACAAUCGCAAGACCAUAACAUUGUGGAAACAAACAUUAUGACCGGCGACUCUCUUAGCGAGGCUUGCAAGUCCGAGUUGAAGGCGAUUUGCAGUCAAAUCCUGCAACCGCGCAAAGGGAUCUUGGCCACGGAUGAUACGGCGGGUAUGUUGAGAACUCUGACUUUGUUUUUCAUCUUUCUGACUUACUCUAAAUUUGCAUAUGUUAAUAGUUUUGAUGGCUCCGCGCCUCCAAGCCGUCGGUAAAGAGAAUUCAACGGAGGAGCGCCGAAAGUACAGGCAAAUGUUGUAUUCGGCUCCUAGAAUUGCUGACAAUAUCACUGCAAUUAUCAUGAUGGAGGAAACAUUCCGGCAGGUACGAAAUUUUACCCACAACAAUUGGCUUCCUUAUUAUGUCACAAGAUACAUUAUAUGUAUAUUUUUUACAACUGAAUUUGCAAAUUUUAGAAGAACGACGAAGGCGUUCGCUUUGUUGACCAUCUAAACCGCCAAGGAGUUAAUGUUGGCGUUCAGGCCGACUUAGGACUUCUACCAUUGAACCAAAGUCAAUAUGAGACUCAUACCAAGGGACUUGAAGGGCUAGAGGAAAGAGUUAAGGCCUACAAAGCUGAAGGCGCCGUUUUUGCGAAAUGGAGAGCAGCUUUGACGAUUGGCGAGGGCAGACCAAGCAGGAGUUCGUUGAUUCAGAACGCCUCCGAGCUGGCCGAAUUCGCGAAGGUCUGUCAAAAACAUGGCCUCGUUCCGUUCGUGGAGCCUGAUGUUGUCAGAGAUGGCAGUCAUUCGCUGCAGGAAUGCCAAAAGGUAGGCCGAUUUACUUUGCAAUUGCACAGACGUCGCGUAUCGUUUCAUUGUCGAAAAACAUUUUCAAAUCUUAGGCCACCGAACUGGCCCUUGAAUACACAUUUCGCGCUUUGCAUGCCGCGAAUGUUUUCCUGGAAGGCAUGAUUCUGAAGCCUAAUAUGGUCACCGCCGGGACGGAUUACAAGCAGCAUCAGCCAACGCCGGCCGAGGUAGCGUCUGCCACCCUGGCUGCCCUUCAACGACACGUGCCAGCCUCUGUUCCUGGCAUUGCGUUUUUGUCGGGCGGACAAGAGGAUACGGAGGCUACAAAAAACCUAAAUGCUAUUGCUCAACAACAGACAGUUAAGCCGUGGAUUCUGACGUUCUGCUACGGUAGGGCCAUCCAGAGACCGGUUAUGAAAGCUUGGGCAGGAAAGGAUGAGAAUAUCAGGUCAGCACAUGAAGUUCUUCACCAGUAUGCCAAGGUAAGGAAGUUGGCGAAUGCUACGGAGUACGUACGAAGUUAGUACAGCAUAAGAGCAGUUUCUAUAAUAUUUAUUUGCUGCUCUGAGCUACUCCAAAUUUACGUGCUUCUCGUAACAUGUAUAUAUCUAAUAGUCUACUUUUCAACGAACUUAUGAAAUUUUUAACCAACUCAAGUAUAUUAUUUUCAGAACAACGGAUUGGCACAGAGGGGCGAGUACAUAAUCCCAUAA